CGGCGGGUAUAACCAGCGGCGGGGACGGCCACAAAAAGCGCCUGACUUUCGUGGUGGAAGCUAGGCAGAAUGGCGGCCAUGCGGAGGCUCCUGCAGCAGCUCCAGCCCGCCGUCGCGCACCACCAAGCCGCCCUCCGCCGAGCCCCCCACUGCCGCCUCCUCCACUCCACCUCUCCCCUCGCUGCCGCCUCCGCCUCCCCGCCGGACUCCCCCUCCCCGUCGCCUGGCCUCCUGCCCCGCAGCACCGGCUCGAUCCUUCCGACGAGCGCCGGUGCCUUCGUGGCGGCCGCCCGGACCGGCACGGUGCGCAGCGCUGGGUCCCUCGACGAGCCGCUUUCUCUGCAGCUAAGCGGGACCACGGACUGGUUCGCCUCUUCGUCGUCGACGUUGCUCCACGGCGUCGGCGCGCCAUGGGCGCACUGGACAACAACCCCAGCUGAUGACGUGGUGUUGAUGCUCGCCGGCGCCAAUGUGGCCGUCUACGGGCUCUGGCGCCUGGCAGAUCCCAGGUUCAGGUUCAGUCCUUCCGUGAUUUGGCUGGACAUGUACACGGGCGGGCUGCUGCACAUGUUGCUCACAAGAGCUCACAGCUACGUUGAUCAGAGGUUCAUGGUGAAUCAUUUCAUGAUUUCGGUGGACAAUUUCAAGAGCUUGCGGUUGCACACACUCCUCACCAGUGCUUUCAGCCACAUAGAUGCUAAGCACCUCUUCAAUAACAUGAUUGGCCUCUACUUCUUCGGUUCAAGCAUUGCCCGCAUAUUUGGUCCUGGUUAUCUUAUACAGUUGUACGUAGAAGGCGCAAUUUUUGGAUCUACAUUCUUCUUGGGAGAAAUGAUUUUUCUAGCUUCACGGAAAGAGGGUUUUGGAGGAUGGAACACUCCUGCGCUCGGUGCAAGUGCUGCAGUUAAUGCAACUAUUCUUCUCUACAUUUUUAUGUUUCCGAUGAGUAAAAUAUACUUGCUCUUCUUCAUUCCUCUUCCAGCUGCAUUAGUGGGAGCUGGUUUGAUUGGUGCUGAUUUAUGGAGGGUGAAGAAGGGCAAGAGUCGUGUGUCAGGUUCUGCUCAUCUAGGGGGUGCUUUGGUCGCCGCACUUCUGUUUGCAGAAAUCAAGGGCUGGAUCUGAUCAUGCACCUUACUCAUACUGACAUGCAGUACUGGCGCUAGUGGCUUCUUGGUUGUUGAAAUAUUCUGUUAUUUGACUAGUGUGGGUCUGAGGGAUGGCUCCUAGAACAUGCUACUCAUUACCCGAGUUUCUGAGGUAGAUGUGUUCUAAACAGAGUCUGGAUAACAUGAUGGCAGAUGCUAUCAACUGCUUGGUAGAAAUCUCCGAAUUUACCUCCUCACGAGCCAUCCUCAAAUGUGAAAGAACUAAAAAUGUAUUGUUAAAUCUCAUUUCCAUGUUUCAAUUUGAA